AUGAGUCUACUUGGCUCAUUAUUAGCAUAUCAGUCAUUUUCUAGGUUGUUUCCGAGGCUUUUCAGACCAGUUAUAGUUCUAUCUGGGAACACAGGACACCCAUUUCUUCACCAGCACCAACAUGGCAGUCCUUCGAGGAAUUUCUGCAUCGAGCACUUUUUGUCCUCAGCAAAUCUGUCAGAAAAGAAUGCAGACCAAGAAGGGGUGCCUCAAGCUCAUGAAAGGACAAUCUUCGUCACCAGCUUUAAACAGCCGAUAACAGAAGAAAGUCUUCGUGAGCAUUUUGCUCAGUUCGGUGAGAUUGAACGUUUCAAGUGGGCACGAACAAAAACCACCAAGAGAUCUCGGGGAUUUGCCCAUAUAACGUAUAAGAAUGGGGAUGAUUUCGUGAACGUCCUUCGUCAACCUCACGUAAUGGGUGGCCGUCAUCUGGUUGUUCAAAAAAGCCGCCCGAUAUUACAACAGUUUGAAAAAACGCCUUUUGUCCAGGUGCGAAAUGUGGAUUCCUCUAUGACAAAAGAACAGAUGACGGAACACUUUUCAAAAUAUGGUUUCGUAAAGGCGAUAGAUUGGCCAGUUGACAUCUUAGCCAACACCAAACGUGACUUUUGUUUUGUCCAGUUUUCAUGUGCUGAUGAAGCAGAGUUAGCCUGUAAAGAUGUAAACCAAAUUCUUUGCCACCAGGAAGUUCAAAUUCAGAAGAGUAACUCAAAAAUGUGCACAUCCCUUACUAAAAGCAACAGGAUUGUUGUUUCUGCUGAUGCUGCGAUCGAAGCAGUUGUGGUAUAUUUCGGAAAGUUUGGAAAGAUCAGGUCAGCCUGGGCAAAUUAUAACAUUGGUACAAAUCCAAUGUUCUCGCUUUUGUUUGAAGAUGAACAUACUGUACAUGAAAUAAGUAAACAGACUCAUUUCAUUAACAGUCAAGAAAUUUUCCCAUCACGGGGUUUACCCAAACCUACUCUUGCAUAUCCAUUCGAGAAGAAGAUUUUUGUUAGUGAGCUGCCAAAAAGUGUCACAAAGGAAGAUGUUAUCAAAUACUUCCGUCAAUUUGGAAGUGUCCAACAUGUGCAGUUUUCUGAAGAUUGUGGUUCAGGGGAGAAAGUGAACUGUACUGUGACUUUCAUGACACUUCAAGAUGUCAAUAAAGUGAUGGUUGAAGAAGAACAUAACAUAAGUGACAAGAAAAUACAAAUUCGCCGUUUUGGAUAUCGAAAAGUUGAUGAUGCAACAAUAAACAUCAUAAAUGCUACCAGCUCUUUUGCAGGUUGACUGUCUGUGGAUAUUGCAAGUAGUCUUAAGUUUUUCUUGCAUCUUUAAUAAGUGAUAAUUCACCACCAUGGAUAAUACCAUCCAUAAUGGCCACACUUGUUUAAAGUUAUAUCUAGAAAGAAUUCUUGAAAAGUUGAUGUAAGAUUAAAAAGUACCUGAUGUUUCCUGUAUGUAGUGAUUUUAAUUUUCUAAAAACUUUAGAUGAAUAUAAAGACCUAACGUAACCUCUUAAACCCUACAAAUCUACCUAACAGGGCACGUAAUUUGGGAAUUUCAAAGGAACCUGACAAGACACUUACGUGGUAUUUACAUGACGAAGAAGUCUUUAAACGAAAACCGCAGACUGAUCUGGCUGGAAAGCGAGGAAAUGCGAAGGUGAAAAUUGAAAAAGAAGAGCUGGAGAAAGUUCAGAAACAAACCAGGUUUACGAUAAAACAAACCCAGAUGUCUCUUGCAUGUCUUCGUCCCAGAAUCUUUGCGGCUGUUUCCUCGGAAGGAGUGAAAUGCUUGUUCUCUUCCUUCAUGUGCAAUCCAAUAUGGCGCCGUCCAUUAUUUCUGGGGUUCGCGUGGCAUCAAGAAAACCAGCCUUCUUCUUCUGAGAACGAAGUAACGGAUCACCGAAAACUUUUUAUCAGGAAUUUGAAAUUCAAAACCAAAAAGUAUGAUUUAGAGGAGUAUUUUUCUUCAUUUGGCGAUAUUGAGGAGGUUGAGUUACCAGUUACGAAAGUCACUGGCAGGUCCAAGGGCUUCGCUUUUGUAACAUUCCAGGAUGAAUCUGCGGCUAAACGCGCUUUAAACCAUCUUCAUACAUUUGAGGGCCGUGCGUUAACUCUUGCCUAUGCUACAGAUAAUCCUCCACCUGCACAAUGCAGAACUAACGUGAUAUGUGUGAAGAAUGUUACGCCGGAGAUCGACCGAGAACAAAUUAUGGAACAUUUCUCCAAUUUUGGCGCAGUCCUUGCUGUAGAUCUACCAGUCGAUCCUACAACAAACAAAAGACAUCCUUACUGUUUUGUUCACUUCACAUACGAAGAAGAAGCUGAGGAGGCGGUUAAAAAUCGAAUCCAAGCUUUGGGGAAUUGCUCCGUGGAAAUCAGGAAAAGUCUGGCCCGAAUGUCUCCAACGUUUACUGAUAAGAUCGUUGUGUAUCCCCCGGAAGAUAGUACAGUUAAUUCAAUUAGAAAUUACUUUGAGAACUUUGGCACAGUUUUGUCAGUUGUGUUGAAUUUUGUUUUGGUUGGUGACAACCCUCAACCAAGAUUAGUUGCACGAGUUCUAUUUGACAACAGUAAUACUGUAAACAAUGUCAUGAACCAAGCCCAUGUAAUCAAAGGUAAUCCUGUUGUAGUGAUUCGCGGUGACCAAACCAGUAAAUUCCAAGACACAGCCGACAGAAGAAUAUUCAUUGAUGGUCUACCAUCUUGGGUCACUGAGAGGGAUAUCAAGAAAUACUUUUCACAGUUUGGUUUUGUUACGUUAUGUCAUUACUUGCAGGACCCGAAAACUGGUGGUAAACUUAACUGGUGUCUGCUUGCAUUCAAUUCCCCUACUGGAGUACACAAAACAAUGAGAAUAAAAGAGCAUCAGAUUGGAGGAGAGACAGUUAGAGUGCGACGCAAAGGCUGGCAGAGUGAAAGGAUAAGCAGUUUGAUGAAGCACAAAACUGAUUUCCAUUAUUAACUGCACAGAGUCAUGUCUGACAAUCAAAGCGGCAAAAUGGUUGCAGACCUGUCUUUUCUUGAAAAUUGAUUUCUGUUAUUGAAAAAUAAAUUAAUGACGAUCUAUCUGUCCUGGAGUAGAUUGCUAGGAGUCUAUCACACAUUCCGUGCAAGUAGCACAGCCAUGAGAUACCUGACCAUCUCGUGUUACACAUUCCAACUUUCGAACUUGGAAGACAAAACAAGAGACUCCUCACAACCUAUCCCAGGAUGUUUUGCUGAAAAUGCUAUUUGA